CUUUGCUCCACCCCCCGCACAAACAAAAGAGAGGAACUUUAAGCUCCUCGCCGGGGCCGGCGCCGGCGCCGCCAGAAGCCCUAAACCCUCGCCGUCGUGCAAGGGCCAAGAGGCAGAUUUGAUCGAGAAAAAAUGGCCUCUCAAAAUACCGGGUCUGGAUCAUCAACAUCCUUGGGCAGUGUAUUAGAUUCUGAUGAUGAAGAAAACAGUACCUCUUCAAUGCCCAGGGUAGGAGCUAGCCGAGCUACGGAGCAGGGGCUAGAUUCUUUCUCGAAAAAGAGCUCAUAUUUACUGAGCGAAAUGAAAUUCUCAAAGACAGAAGUUGAUUUAGCAUUCAGUGAGUUAGGUGAGGGAGCUUCAUUUGAUCGGCUCGUGGAUUGGAUUGUGAGAUCUCAAGAGGCUACAACUGAGGGGCAGCAGGUUCCAAGGCCGAUUCAGUCGAGAGAAAUGGUGAAGACUGAAAACUGUGAUGAGCGUGAUGCUGCUGGCGCCGGCUCUCUCAGGGGUGGCGCCAUGGACCUGCAGCAACUUGAUCCCACACAUGCUGUUGUCAAGGCGGAGGAGGGCCAGCAGGUCCUGAGGCCAAUUCACUCAAGGAAAAUGGUGAAAAUGGAACAUUGUGAUGGGGGUGAUGCCACUAGUGCCGGCGCCAGCGCUCCCAGGGGGGGUGGUACCAUUGACCCGCAGCAACUUGAUCCCACACUUGCUGUUGUCAAGGCAGAGGAGCAGGAGCUGGAUUCGUUCUCGAAAACGAGGUCGUAUUUACUGAGCAAGAUGAGCUUCUCAAAGAAAGAAGUCGACUUGGCAUUCAGCGAGUUAGUUUCAGGUGAGGGCGCUUCACUUGAUCAGCUUGUAAAUUGGAUUAUGACUAAUCAAGAAGCUUCAAAUGAGGGAAAUGCUGAAUCGCUGCCUGGGUUAAUGAAUAAACCAAUUUCUUUGCUCCAGAUGGGGUUUACUCAACAAGAAGUCUCAUUUGCUAUUGAAGCUUUUGGUCAGGAAGCCACAAUCGAAGAGCUAGCUGAUUCAAUCUUUGCAAGACGCUUUGCAAGUACCACUGAACAGAAUCAGGUGAAGAUUGAGUCUGAAUUUCCGGACGAGACAGAAGCUGGGUAUUCAACAUACCAUCAGAGAUUGAAGUACUAUGAUGAUGAUGACAAUGCCAACAUCAGAGGUAAAAGGGCCAAGUAUGUAUUUGCAGAUGAUAGAAGGGCGUCCGGUAGUCAGAAUGUGAACCAACUUGGCCAUACUCCAUGGUUAAGUCGUUGUGCUGGGACAAUUGCUAAUGGUUCUCUCAAGGAUGAACGUCUUGAAAUGACGCCAGGUCCUGGUAUAAACAUCCGUGGUGACCGUGCCAAGGCUCCAUUCUUCCUCUAUGCAAGUCUUGUUGACAUCAGCAAAGACACGUGGGACCAUCUCUCGGGUUUCCUAUUCGACGUGCAGCCGGAGUAUCUAAACAGUCAAUCAUUCUCGGCUUUGACGCGAAAGGAGGGUUAUAUUCAUAACCUUCCAACGGAGAGAAGACAUGUUGCGAUUCCAAGGUCACCAAUGACGAUCAGAGAUGCAUUGCCUCUGAUAAGGCGGUUCUGGCCCUCGUGGGACACGAGAAAGCAGAUCGAUAGUCUUGCUUUAGAUGUGAUGGGAACAGAACAGAUUUGUGAAAAGCUGGAGAAGGCGGUGAAAAAUUCACGAGGAAUUCUUUCAGAAGUGAAGCAAGCCCAGAUCAUUCAUCAAUGUAAGAUGGCGAAUCUCGUCUGGACUGGUCAAGACAAGUUAGGCCCUCUGCAGCCACACCAGAUGGAAGUCAUCCUAGGCUAUCCAGCUAAUCAUACGGAUCUGCCGGGCGUAGACCCACAAGAGAAGGUUGCUUCCAUGAGGUUUGCAUUGCAGACUGAUACCACCGCAUAUCUUUUGUCGGUCCUAAAGGACCGGUAUCCUGAUGGGCUAAGAGUGAUCUCUAUCUACAGUGGAGUCGGGGGUGCAGAAGUCGCUCUACACCGUCUCGGAAUUCCACUGAGGUGUGUGGUGUCCGUGGAGGAGUCUGUGGUGAACCGUAGAGUUCUAAAGAUGUGGUGGAGAAAAACCCAGCAGAAUGGAGAGCUAAGACAACUUGAUAGGAUCCAAAAGCUAAAUACCAACGAGUUUGAGAACCUGAUGAAAGAGUUUGGCGGGUUUGACCUCAUUGUUGGCGGAAACUACAGUGUGUACAGAGGCGCAGCGAUGACGGUGGGCACAACCAUGGGAAUGGACACCAAUCGUUUCUACGAGUAUGUCCGGGUUGUCCAGAUGGUGAGACAGAUGCAAGGAGUUGUCUGACACACAUAGCUCUGUCCUCGGUCAUUCUCACAUGAGGUGUGAAUUAUCAAGGACCAAUACUAACACCUGUAUAAAACUAGAAAAUGUGAAGUCCUGUUGUUUUCUGUCUUCUUGUAGCAAUAUGUCCGCAAUGAGACCUCAUCUUCAUGGCUAGUGCUAUCCUUGCAUAACGAGCUUGUACGCCAUAAAAAGGAAGGUGAAGUGGAAGCUGCAAUCCAUCAAGCGUCCGAUCAGUGCAUGUGUAUGUGUGUGCUCCUCCGGAUCGAUCGAAGACCGACUCCUGUAGCAAAGAGAGACCAGUAGCUAACAUCAAGCGAAUGAUCUUCGAUGACAACAGAUCUUGUGUUCUCGAUCCGAGACUUGGCUGAUUGUAGUUCUUUUUUGGUAAAUUUUUGGCUGAUUGUAGAUUUUUUGGGUAAAACUUUGGCUGCUGAUAUGAUGCUGUGACCUAAAGACGUCACACCAUCUUAUCUAGCGUUAGCUACAUGUUUUUUUUAUGUGUGAUUGUCAUCAUUCGGAGAUCAGCAUCCAUAAUUGAUGGCAGAAAUUAGGACUAGGUUUGUUUUUUUGAGAAAGAAAUCAAGACUAGGUAGGUGGCACACUUUUCUGUGUAUGGAGUCCUUUCUGGCCAUGUUGUUGAGCUUCUGAGCUAUGUAUGUCAAAGCUGAUCAAGUGACUGGCACUUUGGUUCUCUCCA